AUGCCAAUUACAACUGAACAAACAAGUACACUUUUGCCAACAACAACAUCUAAGGUUCAAACAACUUCUGUUUUGCCAUCAACUUCUACAAGCACAAUCCAUGAUGCUUUGACAACAUCUGAAUUGCCAAUAGAAACAACUCAAAUACAAACAACUCAAAUACGCACUACGAUUUUGCCAACAUCAUCAACUACGGUUCAAACAACAUCUGUUUUGCCUACUUCUACAAGCACAAGCCAUGUUGCUGCAACAACAUCUGAAAUGCCAAUAACAACUAAACAAACAAGUACACUUUUGCCACCAACAACAACCACAUCCACGACUCAAUCAACGACCGUUGUGGCAUCAACAUCUACAAAUACAAUUCCUAUUACAAUCACAACAUCUAAAAUGCCAAUUACAACUACUGAACAAAGCACUAUACUUUUGCCAACAACCUCAUCAACAGUUCAAACAACAUCUGUUUUGCCAACUUCUACAAGCACAAUAAAUGACGCUGUGACAACAUCUGAAAUCCCAAUUACAACAACUGAAGCAAGCACUACGCUUUUGGCAACAACCUCAUCUAUGGUUAAAACAACAUCUGUUUUGCCAACUUCUACUAGCACAAGCCAUGAUGGCGCAACAAUAACUGAAAUGCCAAUUACAACUGAACAAACAAGUACACUUUUGCCACCAACAACAACCGCAUCAACAACUCAAUCAACGACCGUUGUGGCAUCAACAUCUACAAAUACAAUCCCUAUUACAAUCACAACAUCUGAAAUCCCAAUUACAACAACUGAACAAAGUACUACACUUUUUCCAAAAACAAAAUCUAAUGUUCAAACAACAUCUGUUUUGCCAUCAACUUCUACAAGCACAAGCCAUGAUGCUAUGACAACAUCUGAGAUGCCAAUUACAAAAACUGAACAAAGCACUACACUUUUGCCAACAACCUCAUCUAUGCUUCAAACAACAUCUUUUUUGCCAUCAACUUCUAUGAGCACAGGCCAUGAUGCUUAA